CAGAACUGUUUUCCGUUGGUAACCCAGAUGAAGAUUGUUUGUACCUGAAUGUCUGGGCCCCGGGAGAUGGCUCAACCAGAGACAUGAGAGAGGUCAAAGCAGUUAUGGUUUGGAUCCACGGUGGAGGAUACUCUUGGGACAGUGCAAUAGCCUAUGAUCCAACCAUGAUCACAGUUAUUGGUGAUGUAGUGAUGGUCACGAUGAACUACAGACUGGGCAUAUUUGGAUUCCUGAGUACAGGAGAUAAUGUGGUUCCCGGUAACAUGGGACUUUUGGACCAACAACUUGCAAUCCGCUGGGUUAAAGACAACAUUGCCUUAUUUGGCGGUGACCCAGAGAGAAUUACCAUAUUUGGACAAUCGGCUGGGGCAUCAAGUGUGACUCAACACGCAACGUCUCCCACAAAUAUUGGGCUAUUUCAACGAGCAAUUGCCCAAUCUGGAACUAUUUCCUCUGAAUUUGCCAUCCGCGACACCGAUGUAAUACCGCUUUUAAGAGAGACGGGGGAAGCAGUUGGCUGCGGCAAUAUCAC